AUGAUCGCGAAUCGACUUAACUGGGCUGUAGCUUUGGUCACUCUCGCCAUCGGAACCCUUUGGACGUUGCCGCCGACCAACACUUGUCUGCCGCACUCCGUAAAUCUCCUCACGGCCACGGUCAGCGACCUAACAGCCCACUUGAGCUCUGGACGGUUCACUAGCGUUCAACUAGUCCAGGAGUGUAUUGCUCGUAUUCAGCACCACGACAAGAAUGGCCUGCGUCUGAAUUCUGUCCUCAGCCUGGUUUCGCGCGACCAGCUGCGGUCCACUGCCACACGCAUUGACAGUGAGCGACAGAAAGCAACUCGUCUAAGUGCUUUAUUUGGCGUUCCGGUCCUCGUCAAGGACAACUUUGCGACAGAGCCGUCGCUUGGGCUGCCUACCACUGGCGGCGUCGUCGCAUUUGCUAAUGUCACGGCCAAGCAUGAUGCCGCUGCAGUUCUGCAACUUCGCCGAGCCGGUGCCAUUAUCCUAGGCAAGACGAAUCUUGAUGAGUUAGCUGGCUUCAAAGGCGACAAUCUAGGCUCAGGGUGGUCCAAACUGGGUGGCAAGACGCGGUCAGCAUACACUUUCGAGUCACCAUGUGGCUCUUCGGGUGGCUCCGCUGUUGCCGUCUCUGCUGGUUUCGUACCAGUUGCUCUGGGUAGUGAGAUUGCUGGUUCAAUCACUUGUCCUGCGUCCCAUGCGGCGCUCUUUGGCUUUGUUGCCUCGAGAGGCCUCGUUUCAAGUCAUGGGCUCCUCCCAGGCUCAGCAUCUUUCGACAGACCCGGCAUUUUAGCCAAGUCAACAGUCGAUGUAGCUAGUGUACUCGGCAUUAUUGCCCAGGCCAACGUUCCCAUUUCUGACGAUGCUGUUUGGGCCGACUUUCGCAUUGGUCGGGCUGACCCAGAUUUCUUCGGCAAGAUUCACGGUACAUACCAUGAAAAGAAUGGUGAGAUGGAGAUGUACCGGGCCGUAUCAGAGGCCAUGAACCGGAUGGAAGCACUCGGAGCGGUUGUCAACAUGAAUGCGAGUUCGAGCGCCAGACUCAUCCCGCAAGCAUGGGAAGAAAUGCUACGCAUAAUCCGCCACGAAAUGAAGUCUAAUUUUCCCGAAUUUUUCGUCGAUACUAGCGACGCCGUUGCUAAAAGUCUGCCAGAGCUGGUCAAGUACAAUAAGGAGCACUGGUCCGACGCCCUUCAGAAAGACGGCCUUCACUUCCCUCAGGGCCAAGAAGUCUUGGAAAGGAGUAUUGAAGAAAGCCUUGAUGACGCGCAAUAUACGGAAAUUAUGGGCAAGCUACAUGCAUUGGCUGUCACAGAAGGUAUUGAGCAUGCAUUCAAAACACACAAGGUCGACUUCCUUGUGACGCCAGGUUGGUCUUGGAUGAGUGUAUACUCGGCAAUUGCAGGAGCGCUCAUGGGAACUGUUCCACUUGGCACGUACCCCAACGGUCGACCCUUUGGUCUGACAUUUGUCGCCCCCAAGGGACAAGAUGCCAAGCUGCUCCAAUUGAUGCAGUUUUACGAAAAGGCAUUUCCUCCCAGGCGCGUACCCAGCUCGAUGAGCUCGAUAUUCGCGAAUUUGUAUUUUACAUUCCGCAAUGAUUUCCCACCAUACGACUCUUAG